AAAAUAUCUAGCUAAGCUGCCGUUCUUCCACUAACCCAAGAAAUGGCCGGACUGUUCGCAUCGUCGGCCGUGAAAUGGGCCAUCGACAACCUCUCCUCCCUGCUGCCGGCGGCGGCGGCGGCGGGGUCGAGCCGGGGCCUGGACGCGCUGGAGGAGCUCCGGAUGCUGGAGCGGACCAUGCGGCGGAUCCACGCCACGCUGCGCGACGCGGAGCAGCGCUGGAACAUCCGCGAGGAGUCCGCCAAGCUGCGGUUGGAGGAGCUCAAGGAGCUCGCCUACGACGCCGAGGACGUGGUGGAGGAGUACGAGUACGAGGUGAACCGGCGCAAGGUGGAGGCGCUCGAGCGGCUCGCCGCCGUUCAUGGCGGCGGCGGCGCCAGCAAGCGCAAGCGCGAGGAGGUACAUGAAGAGCAGUUCUCCACUGAGUCUGGAAUAGUUCCAGUUCCAAGUGAGUUGGCUGACAGAACAAGGACAGUUAUUCAGAGAUUCUGUGAGAUCAAAGACUACUGCGAUAGUUUUAGUUUGUCUGAUAAUGAUGGGGACAGAAGGAUUGUCCCUGAUAUCAAUGCUAUGCGGCAGACUAGCUCUUUUGUAUUUGCACCCAGAAUUCUUGGAAGAAAGAAAGACAUGGAGAAUGUUAUCGCAAAAUUGCUCUCUGGGGAAGGCAGCCGUGUUGGAGGUUGCAUGUCUGUUUUGGCCAUUGUUGGUAUGGGAGGAUUGGGCAAAACAACACUAGCACAGCUUGUCUACAAUGAUCCAAGGGUACGCCAAUCUUUCGAUCUUUGCGCAUGGGCUUAUGUUUCAGAGUGUUUUGAUGUUCACAACCUAACACGCAAGAUCAUCAGUUCUCUAACCCAGAGUAACUGUGAUCAUAUACAAUCUGGUGAUCUACAGGGAGCAUUGGCCAACGAGAUAAAGGACAAGAGGGUUUUCCUUGUCUUUGAUGAUGUAUGGAAUGAGCGAAGCGAUUACUGGGAGUUGUUGAUCACACCGAUGUUUGCUUCUAAAUGUUGUGACAUUAUAGUAACCACUCGGAAUGAGACAGUGGCAAGGUUGGUGCAAACAACACAAAUGUACAAUAUGAACUGCUUAAGUCCUGACGAGAGUUGGUCAUUGUUCAAGCAAACAGCAUUUACUGAGCAAGAAAAUAUCAGUCCAGCAAACCUUGUAGAGAUUGCUCGAAUGGUAUCUGAAAAAUGCAAGGGGUUACCAUUGGUAAUCAAGACUGUAGGGAGCAUAUUGCGAUUUGAAACCAAUGAAAUUAAAUGGAGGGAUGUCCUACAAAGUGAGUUAUGGGACUUGGAGCAGACUCAGAACGAGGUUUUGCCAGUGUUGGAGUUGAGCUACAAGCACAUGCCGAUAGACCUGAAACAGUGCUUCGUUGCCCUUUCUCUAUAUCCAAAAUAUUAUUAUCUUGAUGAAAACAUGGUAGUUUGGUUAUGGAAACUACUUGGUUUACUUCAAGGCGAUGAAAUUGGAAAGUUAUAUUUCAAUGAAUUGGUUCAGCGAUCAUUGCUUCAAAGUUCUAUCCAUGGACAGAAAGAAGGUCAUGCAUGAUCUUGUCCAUGAUCUUGCAUGCUUUCUUGCAGGGGAAGAGUUCUUUAGACUUGAGGAAGAUAAACAAACUGAAGUUCCACGGGGCGCUCGAUACAUGUCGAUAAUGCCAAGAUCACUAUGUAGGAAGAGAAUUCAAAUAUCAAAUGCCUCGCAAUCUCUCAGAGCCAUCAUAGUGAUAAUGGGUGAUAUUGAUAUCGUAAAUCCGGAAGUGUUGUUUACGCACUGUAAGAAGCUUCGGAUCAUUUACGUCGUACAGGGCAGUGUUCAAAAGGCACUACUUGACUUCAUAGGUGGCAUGAAACUACUACGGCAUCUCACUCUAUCAGGUUAUGAAUGUGCUACACAUUUAUCACGUCCUAAUUCUAUGUCUGAGCUAUUUAAUUUGCAAACCCUGGACAUACAAGCGUAUACGUUACUUAAAAUUGGACGACUGAUUAACUUGCAAACUUUGCCUGAAAUACAUCUCAUGAAAUGUGGUUGCUUCGUUGACAUAAGAGAGUUGAGGAAUAUGAACAAAAUAAGGAAGUUGUGUAUUCGUGGACUGCGUAAUGUACCUAGUAUCAUGCAUGCAGAUGAAGCUCAUUUACAAAGUAAAAGGAACCUUGAGGUACUAGAGUUAGAUUUUGACGAAUUAUUUCUUGAUAAAGAUUUCGAUGAAUUGAGAAGUUGUGAACAUACAGAGCAUGGUGACGCUAAUGAAGCAGCUGUCACUCAAUCGCGAGGCCAGUUACUUGAGAAACUACGACCACACUACCAAAGCCUCAAGGUACUAAGAAUACAAAACUUGAACCAUGGAAACUACCCCAGCUGGUUGGGCAGUGCUUCUUUUUCCAAGUUAACUGAACUGAAGUUACAGGCUUGUCAAUCUCAACACCUUCCAACACUUGGUGAGUUACCUUCUCUCAAAUCCCUUGAUAUAAGCCGAAUGGAGUUUGUGGAACACAUUGGCCAUGAGUUUUGCAGCCUUCAGCAAAGAUUCAAAGGGUUCCAAGCAUUACAAGACUUGAGCUUUGAUGGUAUGACUCGAUUGUCAGAGUGGUCUGGAGUGGAGGAUGGUGAGUUUCCACACUUGGAGACCCUGUUAUUCUGGAAUUGAAUUGAAGUCUCUUCCAUUUGUUCCAUUGUCAUGCUUGCGUAAUCUCAGAUUAUAUGGUUGCAAAAAUCUUGUUACUUUUCCUGCCUCAGCUACCAUGAAGGAACUAAGCAUCUCGAGUUGUGAGAAACUGAAGGAACUGCCAGCUCUACCAUCACUCCGUUCAUUAGACCUGUCCCAUUGUCCAAGCUUGUUUGCACUUGGUCACUUCCCCUUGCUCACUUCCUUGGGACUGUAUUAUAUAUUCAAUGAAGAUAUACUAUGCAAGUUGGUGAAUUCGUACAUGACACUGGAAGACUUAACAAUUUGGUCUGAUACCAUCAAGUCAUUCGCUCUUGAACCCCUCGGCCUACCAUCAGUUCGAAAGCUUGAAUUGAGAUGUCCUAAUUUACACUACUGUGGUGCUCUUACCAGCCUCAGCUCCCUCAAGAUACUAAACAUAACUGGUUUUCCUCAACUUCACAUACCCCACUCAUCACUCCAAAGCCAGCUGGAGGAAUUGAUUGUAGACCCUUGAAGGGAGUACAAUAAUUACGAAACGUAAGUGAGCUAUAAGACUUCGACA